UAUAUAUGUUGGAUGGUUAGUUCUCUGCCAUGUGCUUUGGAAUCAACCUCUUAUGCUUUAUGUUCUGUUAGCUCCUACCUUAUACUAUAACUUUCAUUAUUCAUCAAUAAUUCAAACUCCUCCUUCGUCUUUUUAUAUUUUAGCCUUUCAUAUAAAUACUCCCUCUCCAUACUCAUCAUUCAUAACACCUCUCUCUCUUCUUCGUUUAAAGUUUUAAUCUUCUUAUAGCCACUGAUUCUAAAAAUGGGAGAAGAAGUUAAACCAGAGGUAAAGGAGGCUGCCCCUGCUCCAGAGGCCGUCCCAGAGUCUGUCUCCUCGGAAGAGGAGGAGAAGAGAGAUGUGGCAGAGGAGAAGCAAGAGGCCGCCGCCAAGGAGGAGCAACCAACGGUGGAGGAAGAGUCGCAGCCGCCGCCACCGCCUCCGCCUCCGCCCUUCAUACUCUACGUCGACUUGCAUUGUGUAGGAUGUGCUAAGAAGAUCGAAAGAUCUGUACUAAAAAUUAGAGGGGUGGAAGAAGUUGUGAUGGACAUGAAUGAGAACCAAGUGACGAUAAAAGGCGUGUUGGAUCCACAAGCAGUGUGCAACAAAAUCAAGAAGAAGACUAAAAGAAUGGCCAAAGUCCUCUCGCCGCUUCCGGCUGCCGAAGGGGAGCCUUUGCCACCGACCAUAAACUCUCAAGUCUCUGGCCUCACUACCGUCGAGCUCAACGUCAACAUGCAUUGUCAAGCUUGUGCUGACCAGCUCAAGAAGAAGAUUCUAAAAAUGAAAGGAGUCCAAACCACUGUGACAGAGUACACGACCGGGAAAGUAAUAGUGACCGGGACAAUGGACGAAGAGAAACUUGUUGAUUACGUCUACCGUCGGACCAAAAAGCAGGCCCGAAUCGUACCCCAACCCGACCCGGAACCUGAAAAGUCUGCGGCCGAGGAAGACAAGAAGGAGGAGAGCGGUGAAGGACCUGAGAAACCCGCGGAAGAAACCGGAGGCGAGAAGGAGGAGGAGAAGAAGGAAGAAGAAGACGGUGGCGGAGAAGAGACGGAGGCAGAGGUUACCGAGGAGAUGGCUACGGCGGAAGAAGAAGGGAUGAAGAGGAUGAUGUAUUAUUAUCAGCCUUUAUACGUCAUCGAGAGGGUUCCUCCGCCGCAGCUUUUCAGCGACGAGAACCCUAACGCUUGUUGCAUUUCUUGAUUUGGUUUCAUGUGCUCUACGGAAAAUAUAAUAUAUUAGGGCAAUUAAUUACGUAAGGAAAAAAAAAUACGUACCGAUGCAAAAAAUGGUGUAAACUAUAAGUAUAUUUAUAUUCUUUGUACUUGGUGGUUUGUUAUCUUUAUUUGUCGAUGGAUA